GAAGACACAAAAAGAUGGAAAAAAGAAAGCCCAGCAGAGAACCAAAGCCUGGCUCAAGGCACCUCAGUCAUGUUGAAUAGUGACACUGGUGCAGAUAAAGUUCUUGCCUCACUAGAAGGUAAGAGGAAGAGGAAAGGGUACUUGCCAACUGAGUCAGUGAAGAUCCUCCGAGACUGGCUGUAUGAACACCGGUUUAGGGCCUACCCUUCAGAAGCAGAGAAGCGAAUGCUGUCCGAGCAGACUAAUUUGUCUUUUCUGCAGAUCUCUAACUGGUUUAUCAAUGCCCGCAGACGUGUUCUUCCAGAAAUGCUUCAACAGGUUGGAAAUGACCCCAACCAGAUCACUGUGUACCACCAAAAAGGCAAGGCUGCUGAUGUGACCCAUGAGCAGAGCACAGAUCCACCUAUACAGGCCAGGUCAGGGCCCAGAGAUCCAGACAAAAUGCAGUGCCUUCCCUUGAGCCUCCUUCCAAUGAGCCAGAAGUCAGGAGAGAAGCUGCUAGAUUCAGAGUUGUCUCCAGGCCAGAAGCUCACCCCAAAGGCCCAGCCAAGAAAAAAGGUCAAGUUUUCCACUAGUGAACCCUUGCUUAUGACAUCUCCCAAACCUGUGUUAACAGAGGAGUACAAGGACUUCAGCAGCUUCCAGCUGCUGGUUGAUGUAGCUGUGCAAAAAGCUGUGGAACUGGAGCUACAGAAGAAUCAAGAGCCCAAUCCAUGA